CCGCCGCCGUAGCCGCCGCCACCGCGCGGGGGAUGACCUGGGGGUGGCUCUCGGAGCCCGCUGCCGCGCUGGAGGUCUGGUUGCUCAGCCAGCCCUGCUGAGUGACUGAGGCCUGGGUGUUGCUGUGGAAGUCUGUCCUGCUGCUUCUGUAAGCUGGCGCUAUGCAUCCAGACCCUGGGUCCUUACAGACACUGCUGUGGAGCACUCUUAUGAUUCUGGGCUCUUCCGUAAGUGCAGACUUGACACCUUCUUUUAUUUCCGAACCACUCUCUGCUGUCCAGAAGCUCGGUGGACCCGUGGUACUGCAUUGUUCUGCUAAACCCGUGACAGCUCAGAUCUCAUGGUUGCUUAAUGGGAAAAGAUUGGAUAGAAACACGGACCAGAUUAAGAUGCGUCAGGGGACUUUGACUAUUCCUUCUCUUAACCCUUCCCUUUCCGGUUCCUACCAAUGCAUUGCCAAUAAUAGCAUCGGUGCCAUUGUGAGUGGCCCUGCAGUGGUCUCCACCGCAGUUCUUGGUGAUUUUGGUUCACCAACAAAGAAUGUUAUUACGGCCGAAGAAAAAAGUACUGCUUUCAUUGGCUGCAAGGUACCAGACAGUAACCCCAAAGCUGAGGUGCGCUAUAAAAUACGGGGAAAAUGGCUGAAACAUUCCACAGAUAAUUACUUGAUCCUUCCAUCAGGAAAUCUUCAGAUUUUAAAUGUAUCAUCAGAGGACAGGGGAUCUUAUAAGUGUGCAGUCUAUAAUCCUGUGACACAGGAAUUGAAAGUUGAACCCAUUGGCCGAAAGCUCCUUGUGAGUCGUCCUUCUUCAGAUGAUUUUCACAUUCUCCACCCCACCCUUUCACAGGCACUAGCUGUUCUUUCGUAUAGCCCUGUAACCCUGGAGUGUGUAGUGAGGGGGGUUCCAGCUUCUCAAGUGUACUGGUUGAAGGAUGGCCAGGAUGUUGUGCUGGGAAGCAACUGGAGAAGGUUGUAUUCUCACCUUGCCACAGACAGCAUUGACCCAGGGGACGCUGGAAACUAUUCCUGUGUGGUGGGAAACAGAUCUGGAGACCUAAAGCAUGUGACGUACAUGGUGAAUGUGCUGGAACGUGCUUCAAUUUCUGAAGGACUGCAGGAUCAGAUGGUGUCUCUGGGUGCCACAGUACAUUUUACCUGUGAUGUUCAUGGAAACCCAGUCCCCAAUCGUACCUGGUUUCACAAUGCCCGGCCCAUUCAUCCUUCCCCACGACAUCUAACCACAGGCAAUGGACUGGAAAUCAGUGGUGUUACCAUGGAAGAUUCUGGGCUGUAUCAGUGUAUAGCAGAUAAUGGGAUUGGAUUCGUGCAGUCUACGGGGAGACUUGACAUUGAAAAAGACAGUGGAUUCAAGCCAGUUAUAAUUACAGCGCCAGCAAGUGCAAAGGUGGUAGAUGGAGACAUUGUUACUUUGUCCUGCAAUGCCACUGGACUGCCAGUUCCAGUCAUUCGUUGGUAUGACAGCCAUGGGUUGAUAACCAGCCAUCCGUCUCAAAUCCUUAGAUCUAAAUCCCGAAAAUCACACUUAGUGAGACCCGAGGCCGUUAACCUGGAGCCUGUCUACUUCAUCAUGUCCCGAGCUGGCUCAAGCUCUCUCUAUAUUCAGGCUGUUACUCAGGAACAUGCUGGGAAAUACAUCUGUGAAGCUACAAAUGACCAUGGCACCGUGUAUUCAGAAGCAUUCAUCACAGUUGUUCCUUUUGAAACAAAUACAAAAGCAGAAACAGUGACACUGUCUGAUGCCGCUCAGAGUGAUGACAGAGAGACAAGAAAUGUCUCGGAAGCUGGAUCAUUGAGCUCAUUGCCAGUCAAGUCACGUUCCAGUGCGGUGGAAUCAUCGUCAGUGAAGAAUGCCAGCAGUGCCUCUGUUCCUGACGCCCCCAUCAUCCUCAGCCCUCCACAGACCCAUACGCCAGAUACGUACAACCUGGUCUGGAGGUCCGGAAAGGACGGUGGGCUUCCCAUCAAUGCCUAUUUUGUGAAGUAUCGAAAGCUGGAUGAUGCUGUUGGUGUGGUGGGAAGCUGGCACACAGUCCGAGUCCCGGGAAGUGAGAAUGAGCUCCAUUUAACAGAACUAGAGCCUUCUAGUCUCUAUGAAGUUUUGAUGGUAGCAAGAAGUGCGGCAGGAGAAGGUCAACCUGCCAUGUUAACCUUCCGAACUAGCAAAGAGAAAACAGCCUCAUCAAAAAACACCCAGGCAUCCGCCCCACCCAUGGGCAUCCCUAAGCAUCCAGUUGAUUCAGAGGUGACAAACAACUUUGGAGUGGUGCUUACCGAUUCCUCUAGGCAUAGUGGAGUUCCUGAGGCCCCAGACCGGCCCACCAUCUCCACUGCGUCAGAGACCUCGGUCUACGUCACUUGGAUCCCUCGGGCAAAUGGCGGCUCUCCCAUCACUGCCUUCAAGGUGGAAUAUAAACGGAUGCGGAGUAGUGAUUGGCUGGUGGCAGCUGAAGAUAUCCCUCCUUCCAAACUUUCUGUGGAAGUUCGUAGUUUGGAACCAGGUUCCACAUACAAAUUUAGGGUCAUUGCCAUCAACCAUUAUGGUGAGAGUUUUCGGAGUUCAGCUUCUCGACCUUAUCAGGUGGCUGGGUUCUCUAACCGUUUCUCCAACCGUCCAAUCACUGGGCCUCACAUUGCGUACACAGAAGCUGUCAGUGACACGGAGAUCAUGCUGAAGUGGACGUAUAUUCCAUCAAGUAAUAAUAACACGCCCAUUCAAGGAUUUUAUAUCUAUUACCGGCCGACAGAUAGUGACAAUGACAGUGAUUACAAGAGGGAUGUUGUCGAAGGUUCAAAGCAGUGGCACAUGAUUGGCCACCUGCAGCCAGAAACAUCCUAUGACAUUAAAAUGCAGUGCUUCAAUGAAGGAGGGGAAAGCGAGUUUAGUAACGUGAUGAUCUGUGAAACCAAAGUGAAACGUGUUCCUGGAGCGUCUGAGUACCCUGUCAGAGACUUGAGUACCCCUCCAAAUUUCUCAGGAAGUGGAGGAAACGUUGGGCCUGCAACGAGCCCCACCAGGAGCAGUGAUAUGUUAUAUCUGAUUGUUGGCUGUGUGCUCGGUGUCAUGGUCCUCAUUCUUAUGGUUUUCAUUGCAAUGUGCCUGUGGAGGAACCGCCAACAGAGCACCAUACAGAAAUAUGACCCACCAGGCUACCUUUACCAAGGGUCAGAUGUUAACGGGCAGGUGGUGGAGUACACCACUCUGCCAGGCACAAGCCGGGUAAACGGGCAUGUUCAUGGGAGCAUCAUGAGGAAUGGAAGUCUCAGCAAUGGCUGCUCACAUCUUCACCACAAGGUCUCUAACGGAGUCAACGCCUUCGUGAACGGGAGCUUGAACGGAGGCCUUUGCUCUGGGCACACUAACACUCUAGCCAGGACACGUGUGGAUUUUGAACAUCCUCAUCACCUACUGAAUGGUGCUGGAAUGUACAAAGCAGUCCCUCAGACCGACCCCCUGGAGUGUGUCAACUGUCGAAAUUGUCGAAACAACAACAGGUGUUUCACCAAAACCAAUAGCACUUUCAGCAGCAGUCCUCUUCCUUUGGUCCGAGUGGUUGCACCUUAUUCUCAGGAUGCUUUAGAAAUGAAACCCCUCAGUCACAUGAAGAUGCCUGUGUGUCUGGCUUCCACAGCCCCCGAGUGUGGCCACUUAUCCCAGGAGAGCAUCAAGGACAAUGUGGCACCAGCAUCGACCCAGCAUACGUGCUGCCAAGAUAGUAUAAAUGAGAUCAACUCUGGUUGCACAGAAGAUACAGCAGAGUUCAACAGAGGAGACAGCUGUGUCCAUUCAGAAAGAGAGAACACAAUUUUAAGUUGGAAUCCUCUUAUUUUACCACCUGUCUCAAAGGACUGUACUGAAAAGACAGCAUGGUCUCCUCCCAGCAUUCCUUUGGACAGCCCUUCAGGGGUCCUUCAACAACCGCAGGAAACCUGAAGAUACGCACAUGAUUAGUCACGCUCCCCCUUGAAGCCAGUAACUGCACACAACCGGCCUGGGGAUGAACUGUGUGAAGGACAUUCAUUCAAAUCAGAUAAAAACCAUUAUUUAUUUUUUUGUAGUAGAAUGUCAUAUGAAUGUAUCUUAAAAUGUUUGCCUUUUAUAUUAUUUAUGCCUUUAAAAAUUCCUUCCCCUCCUCAUGAGGAAGCAACCUUGCUUUGCAUAGCUUUCAGUCAUGUAGAGAGAAGUGGAUCAUCCCAUGUUUUCCAGGAACCUCAGUGACAGAGCUAUUCAUGCAACAAAUCCAGCCUAUCGGCCUGUUCAGCCAAGAGGGGAUCACACCAGGCAGUUUUUAGGUGGGAAGUUGUCUCUCAGUAUUAUGUUAUCAGACUCUCUGAGAGCAUUUGAAAAUGAAUCACAGUUGUAACCUAAUGUCUGUAAUAGCAGAUCUAGCUUAUGCAUUUUAUGACAGCGCCUUCCACAAAUGUGAUAAUGUGACCUAUUGACUUACCCUGUCUGCACCUGGGCACAAAUUAGGCUUACUUUUCUAGGCACUAAUCAAAAACAGUGUUGUGGACAUGGUUGAGUUCCAGGUCUAGUUGAAUGAUUGCAGUAUGCAGAAAGGGGACCAAGGCUGAGAGGAAAGUAUGUCCAGCUACUAGACGUUAGUUUAUAAGAUGGUCGCCAUGGGGCUCCUUUCGACUCUAAGACUAGGAACAAAAUAAGAUUUUAAAGUGGUCUUUGAGGAAGAUAGCCAUUUUAAGCAGAAAGGGAAGGGUCCAUUCCAAGGAGCCCAUCUUGGCAGAAGCUCUCUAGUCUAUUCCAUUAGUAUAGGACGGUGCUCAGGAUACCAAAUAAACUGAAAAUAGUCAUUUUCUAGCUUCCAGCGUGGACAACAACCUGACAGAUGUGGCUGUCAGAAAAGACUUCAUUUGGAGGGAAAGGGGUAAGGCCAGUGUGAAAUUUCCUGACAUUUCUUCAGAAUGCCAUUAUUGUAGACAGGCACCUAAAAGCUUUAGUCAGCAGAGGUCAUAAAUCACAGCCACUGCUGCCCCUGAGUGACAAGGACACUUAGAGCUGCCUUUGGAAGGCUUUUCUUCUCCACGUUUAGAAAAAGCACUCUUUAAGUGUGUUUAAUGGCUUGAGUCAAGCUUUCAUGAUCACUGCCCCUUUUUGAAUCAUGAAUCCCUUUGGGAAAGAAACAAAAUGACUCUCUGUGUAGUCAAGCUUUCACAGCAUAAGUGAAAAAAAAUGUUGGUUGCCCAGAAAUCGCAGUGGGAUCGAAUAGAAUACUAUGUUAGUCAGUUUUCUGUAUAAAUGCAUCAGUAUUUCCUUACAUACGCCUCUAUAUUUUAUACAUAGAACUGUUAGUGAAAAUGUGCUGGGUUGCCACGCAAGAGUCACUUCCAGUAGAACGUACUGAGUGUGGUUUCAUAGAAGGAUAUCAGGGAUGCUAUAGAAGUCCAUUCUACAUUCCAGAUGCCUGCGCUUGGGGUCUACUGGAUUGGUUCUUCAUGUCACUUAGAUGCAGGUAGCUUUGGAGGAAGAUAGCCGCACACCCUACUUCUGUGACUAGCAAGGGACAAAGACCUAGUACACAGAAUAUGAAGACAUACCCAGCGUUUGCCAGUCCAGUCACAGCACUGCCGUCUCAGAGGGAGCUGUAGGAAACUGGGGGGUAAAUGUUUCCCGGCGUCAUUGGGAUUCGGGCAACAAGUGUAUUAGCAUGAGCCUCAUGUCAUAAACUGCUUUUAAAGAUUGAGUUUGAAGAUGGGAUUUGUCCACUAGGCAGAGAAAAUGACUUCUUUACCUUUAGGGCAACCUCCUUGCGGACUCCUUUAUUUAUAUUAUUAGUAACGCUGUUUUAAGUGUUAUCCUUGUAUUGUAUUUUAUUUAUAAAAAUGCCUUUAUAUAUCAAUAUAUAUGCAUAUAUGUGUGUAUAUGUAUAGAUACUUGCCUUAUGUUUAGGCAGUAUGAGUUCUCUCUAGCCAGUGAGCUGUUCUGAACUUUUACACCCUGCACAGUCACUGAAAAUAGUCCUACAUAAUACCACGUCAGCAGGAAAUAAGAGGAUGCCGUACUGUGUCGAGGGAGACGGAACUCAUAUUUGUUGGGUGACUGCUGUGUGCCAGGUACGGUACUAGGUGUUUGCUAGUGUUAUCUUAUUUAACUCUCCCGGCAAAUCUCAGAGUAGGCAUUAAAAUUCCCAAGUCCCAUAAUGAGCCACAGAGCCUGAAUUUGAACCCAACUGACCUGGAGCCAUAAUCUGUGCUCUUUCCCUUUUCCCACCCUGCUUUUCAGAAACGUUGCUGGUCACCCUUUGGAUGGAGCCAGUCCGGUUAUGUACACUGGGUCCACUCCCGCUAUGCAGGUCCUCUGGGGCUCUAACUCCACAGCCAGAGAGAGCAAUGUGCUUAUUACCUUGUCUUCCAAGGGUCCAUAUUUCUCCAUGAUCCCCCCCGACCACCACCCGCGCAGGGAACCCAUCUUCAUUCUGCUCAGCAGUCAUGUAACUGGUCAGGCCUCCCAGUGUUCCUUCUCGCCUUAGACGUCUGUGAUUUUUGUUUUAAUAUGAGGCUUCCCUGCUCCUGUCGUACCAUUUGCCUGUCUCCCUCCCUCUCAUUUGGUUAUGCACUGAUGGUCUGGUGAUCAGUGCUGUUUGGGGUGCAAGCCAAGUUGCCAUGUUUUAAACCCUUUGAAGUGGUCUUUUAAAAAAAAAAGCAUUUCUGUAUGGAUUUUGUUUUUGUCGAACCCAUUUAUGAAGACAGAUCCAUCCGUAUGAGACUGAUCAUGUUACAAAUCUCCUUCCAGCUGCAGGACUGCCAAGAAGUUAAUUCUGUGAUUGAAUUUCACCUGUGUCGCUCUUUGAAUGCAAUGGCUUUGAGGUGCAUGUUUUGUAUCAUAUAGAAAAGCAUGUGUUACUGUCCUUAAGGCUGUAAUAUCGUGUUGGAAAUUGUACAUAUUUUAAAUGAUGUAGCUUUGACAGGCCUUAUUUGAUUGAUAUGAUUUUAUAUUAAAAGAGAAUGCUGCUUUCAUGUAAAGUAGCAAGUGAA